GUAUCUGCAAAUUCGGUUACUUACAAUGGUGAAAAGUAAAAAUAAGUAUUAUCCAUGGAACAACUGCCAGAAUAGCAAGCAAAGCCUGAUCUUUAUCCGAGAAAUUUCUCAAGUAUAUACAUUUAGAAUGUCAUAGUAAAAAUAACAUGCAACUGGGAUGUGAAAAAUAGGAUAUACAUGACCACUGGCCAGGAUAACAUGAAAUUCUAGUGAGCUGCCUACCCACUCUGAACAAUUCUUAAAUAUCACAACAUAUGCAGUUGAAAUACAACAGAAGAGAAAAAGCACCUCCAAACUUACAGAUACUCCAGCAUGAUCAUCGUCAUAUUUCAGCUCUUCCUUGCGACAUCCCUUCAUAUGCUCCCAGCUAAAGGAGCCACCCACCUUGUUGGAGAUACUGAUGGCUGGACACCUUCCAUUAGCUCCACCAACUGGACUGACGGCAAAAAAUUUCAUGUUGGCGACAUCCUGGGUAAUGUCAAAACUUAAAUAGGUUUUAUGUAUAAACAUUGAGCAAUGAUAACAUGAAAGCCCUAGUUUUCAAAUUUACAUUCUGAUAAGCUUCACAUGCAUAAGUUUGAUUCUCCAAAUUAAUGAACCACUAUGCUUGAUUUUCCAAUUCACAAAUUCAUGACACCAUUACUAUUAUUUGUUGUGUUACAGUGUUCCAGUAUCAAAUGGACUUGCACAAUGUAAUGCAAGUGAAUUCAACUGCAUAUAAAGAUUGCACAAAGGAUGGUUAUAUACGUCUGUUCACCACUGGAAAUGACUCAUUGAUUUUAUCAGAAGUUGGAAAUUUUUGGUAUAUUUGUGGAGUGACUGAUCAUUGUGAGAAAGGGCAGAAGCUUGGGAUCAUUGUAGCUCCUUAGGAAAAUGAGUAUAAGGGAGCUUGUGUCACUGUUUGAUUUCCUUGAUAAAUAAAAGAGAGUGAGGUUAUGAGUGCAGGUUUUCCAUGUAUUGCUGAGUCCACACUGAAUAUUUUAAGAUGAGGCAAGAAAAACAUACAAACCUUAUGAUAUUUAAAAGCUCUGCAAAUAAUCAUCAUCAGAACCUACUGAAAUGAAACCCAGACCAGUUCGAUACUUCAAUUUAAUGCCUCUCUCCAGUUUACUUUGUGACACAUAACACUUAAUAUACCAAGGUAUAUGGAUUCCCAUCCAUCAAGAACUGUUACCAUUUACAAAAUCUGUUUAACAUUUUCCAGGGAAGGCAGAAAAUGAUGUAGAACAGGAAGCAAAGGUGAGGAUAGAACUUAGGAACAGAGGCAAGGGUAGGUAGAGAACAGCAAAAUUAGGGAUUUCUAGAAGAUAAUUUCAAUUUAUAAACACUUCAACUAAAU